CAGGUUAAAAAAAAAAGAAAAAGAAAAGGGAAAAAAAGGAAAAAACAAAAAAGAUAACUCUCAGUCAGUCACCAUCACUCCAUAAGCUCCUCUCUCUGGGCUGUUUUUCGGCCUAAAAGUGACCCAUUCCAUCGUGCUUUCAACUCCCCCUCUCUCUAUCUGACUGACUGAUUGAUUGAUUCAACUGAACUGGACUGGACUUCUCUCCUCCUCUCCUCCUCCCCUUUCUCUAAUCCCUCCCCUCCCCCCAUCCCAUCCCAUCCCAUCCUCUCCCUAUCUCUCUCCCCCUACAACAUUUUCACCGUUCCCUCCUUUCGUUUUCCUUAUCCCUUUUCUACUUUCAAUUUGGUCUUUUUCGUUUUUCUCUUUUAGUGAUUCCCCUUACCUUCGUUUUUCUUGAAUCUUUUUUCCCUGCCUUCCCGCCGCCUGGACCCUGCUUCUCUCUUUUUUUUUAUCGUUUCCAAUUUCACGUCCUUGACCAGCCCUGCUUCGGUCGCCAUCCUGCGUUCGUUGAUCUCGUGGAAGUUAUCGUCAACCGCGCCGUAUUAUUGCCGUUGAGGAGUUUCCUGGCCCCAGCCCAAACGGUCCAUCGAUUCUUUCGACUUUUUGGCUGGCGGGAAAGCUUCCUUCCAUUUCGGUUCGAUCAUCAUGGCUCCUCCGCCGCGCUUGCGCAUUUUAUCAGUCGGGAGCAAUGCUAUCUCGGCCUUCCUUUCCUGGAGACUUCAGGCGACCACUUCAUGCGACGUGACGCUGGUUUGGAAAUCGGGGUUCGAGGCUGUGGCCCAAUACGGUGUUUCUUUCAAGUCGAAAGCAUUCGGCAAUGAACGGUUUAAGCCGCGACAUGUGGUCCGUACGCCGGAAGAAGCUGCGUCUCGAGAAAAUGCCUACGACUACGUUAUCCUAUGCGUCAAGGCCUUGCCCGAUGUCUACGAUCUGGCGUCCGUCAUCGAAUCCGUCGUUACCCCUCAACACACCUGCAUCCUCGUGAACACGACAAAUACCCUGGGAGUCGAGUCGCAUCUGGAGCAGCGGUUUCCGACCAACGUCGUUCUUUCGCUGGUUUCGGGGGUGGAGAUUUCGCAGAUUGGAGCCAGCGAGUUCGAACACUUGAACUCGUCCGAUAUUUGGAUCGGUUCCACCAACAAGCAGACCAACGUCCCCAGCUCCAUCCAAGGCGAUAUGGCCGCCGCGCUCGCGAUGACCCUGGGAUCGGGGCAGGUGAACUGCACAGUAUCGAAAAAUAUCCGCCAGGAACAGUUUGAGCGUAUGAUCGGACCUAUUGCAUUUUAUCCCACUAGUGUAAUGUUUGAAACUUCCAACCACACGCAGCUUCUCGAGAAGGUUGGCGUGCGUCAGCUAGUGACGGGUGUCGUCGAAGAGCUUAUCGAGCUGGCAAAAGCGAACGGGUGUUCCUUCCCCAGUGAUUUCAGUGAAAAGACGAUCGCGAGCAUGACGGCAAGCGGAUCACCGAGCGCAAUGUAUCAGGAUUUCCAGUCCCGACGUCCGAUGGAAAUCGAAACCUACUUGGGAUCUCCCAUCAAACUGGCGACCGAAUCCGAAGUCCGGAUCCCACGCGUUGAGACUCUUUACGCAGCGCUUCAUCACAUCAAUGCCACCAACCUCAGCAAGCCUCGCGAAUCUCCACCCCCCAUGCCGGCUGCCGCAGCUGCUGGAGCCCCUGUUCCUCCGGGCCCGCCUCCUCGAAUGUCGUCCGCUCCCCCUCCGAGAGCAAUGAUGAAUGGGCCUAUGCGCCCGGGCCCCGGCGGGAGAACGAGUACCGGUAUGCCAAUGCCCGGAAGACGGGGACCCCCUGGACCGCCGAUGCCUGGGAUGAUGAGACCCCCCAGUGCCCAGCCUCAAUCGGCUAAAAUGCCUCGCGAGCCUUCUUUGGAGGGUCUCGAGGAGUUCAGCCACCUAGUCGUCUAUGACGAUGGUGCGGCUGCGGCCGGUGAAGGUGGCAUGCCUCACCAGAACGGUAACGGUUUCCCCGAUAUGCCGCCCGGCGGUCCGGGAGGGGCUCCGGCCGAUCUGGCGUUGAGAGAACGCGAAUUGGCGCUUCGACAGCGCGAGCUGCAGAUCCGUGAGCAAGAAAUGAUGAGUAUGCGGCGAGGCCCCCCUCGGCGAGGGCCCCCACCCAAGGCCGCCUUCGAUGAGGAGGAUGAAGAUGACUACUUUGAUCCCAUGGACGCCCUUCCCAUCCCUCACAUCGACCCCGACAGUGUGGAUAUGAUGAGCAUCACCUCCCGCAAAGCCAAGAAGGCCCCGAGCGCCAGCCAAUUACGCAAAAACCCGGAGAUUGGCACGAUGCCCCCGCCUCCCAGUCGACCGGGCUCCUCUUUCAGCCGGUAUUUCGGUGGAGGAAGGAAACGUGCGAGCGACCGGAUCAUGCAGGAGAUCCCUGGACUUCAUGAUUCGUUGAUGGACAAUCCCAUGAUGGCGUACUCAUCCAACCGUUACGGUGCAGUGGACAGGAAUCAUAUGUCCGCGGGAUCGCGUGCCAAUUCCCUGACGGCCAGCCGAAUGGGCGACUUCCCACCGCACCCUUACCCGCAAAGCCGAAGGAAUAGCAAUUCCCCCGCGACUCCCUACGGUCCUGGUGGCCCUCGGAUGGGCCGACCCGGGACCGCUCAAGACCAGCACCUAGGACCACCCAAUGGCCCUCCUCACGGCGGCCAACCGUCGCCGCCCGGACAGAUGCGAGCGCCUGUACCCAGGUACCCACCUGGACAAGGUAAUGCGGUAGGUCCGCAACAAGUUGAGCAACAUUAUGGGCGCGGAGAGUGGUGAUAGCGGGGCCAGUGCGAACCUUGAUUCCGAGAACUCGGCGCAUAGUAGCCAAACUAGCCUAGGUGCUCAGCCACCAGCUGCCAUGCCCGUUCGUUGAGAGAAAAAACAGUUCUUUGAAAGACGAUAUCGGCCCUCGUCUCCCCCUCCCCUCUCCCUUCGUUACCCAUAUUGCCAUGUCUUUUGCCUCUCCUUCGAUAUCACGGCCGAGCUAGCUCUCUCUGUCCAUCUCUCUCUCUCUCUAUCCCUUCUCUUCUUUCUCCUUUAAGGAUACCAGCCACUCAUGUCUGUUCUAUAAUGCACUUGUCUGGUUUUUCUUUCCAAGAAAGCCCCCCCUUCAUCUGAUUUGUUUCCUUUCACAAGAAGCAUCUUUUAAUCCCCUGUUUGGCAAAAGGAGGGCAGGCGAGGGCUCGAAUUUUAUAACUCUGUUGUUCAGUUCUUUGCAUAUACACAGGGGGACAUAAGGGGCACAUUUUUUCUCGAUUCAUGUUUUCCUUUCUCUCUCUACCUUGGAGUGGUCGGGCGCGUUGUGUGUGUGGGAUUCUUUUGCAUGUGGUGUUUCGCUUGCCUUUUUCUUUUUUGUCUCUUUCUCUUACCCUUAAUGAGGGCGAGCAAGGAAGCUCGACCCGACAAAUACGAAUCGUCAUCUUGCUUAUGACCGCCUCAAACGUCCAUAAUUGCCCACCGUGCAUUACAUGCUUUUCCUUUUGUUUUCUUGCAUGAAAAGAUCGUUGUACACUAUUUACCAAAGGCGCCGCAUCUUUUACCGAGCUCAUUUUGCGUGGAUUGAUCCAUCAACUUGACUGGUUUUUGUGACAAUGCACCCGCAUUCCUUUGUAUCUUUCCUUUAUCUACUUAUUGUUCUAUUCAAGGUCUGUGAUAGCUGCAGCGUUGAUUACUGGUUCGGCAUAAAAAGAAAGAGAGAACAAGUUGUUUGAUUCAGUGAUUGAGUGAUUUGAAUUGGUUGGGUGUGGUUGUCAGUAGCAUAAGGCCAUGGCAUCAUCCUGCGUAUUUUAUAGAGACGUGAGAAUGUAAGAAUCUUGAUUGACAGUUCUGGAUUGGUUCCAUUUUUAAUAUUUGUAUUGCAUUGUAACCAGAACUGGCAUUUGUGUUACAAGUAAAGUAGUGAUAAGUACAGUAGUGGUUGAUAUUCAAAGUACCUAGACUGGUAGAUCCUGCACGUGACCCCCACUGUAAAGUAAACAAACAUCCG